AUGAGUCUGACCAGUAGUGGCCUUCUGAAGCUGGUAGGCUGCCUUAGAUGGUACUCUUCUACUGGCUUAUCUCCUAGUAUAGUCAUGGCACUUGCGAUCGAACAGUCACAGCGUCUGCUGGGCAUGGCGCGCGAAGGAUUCGGGGCUUCGGGCUCUGAUGCGCAGGUCUGCCUAGGUGACCGGCGUUUGAACCCCGGUCAUCGCUUCGAGAGAUACGAACCCGAAUUUUCCGGCGCUCUCUUUUCGUCACCUCAAAAUCCCCAUAGAACGACCCAUUCUUCUCGUGGAAGAGCAGAAGCUCAAGAUAGCCCUCGAUGGGGAAGGAUGAAGUCUGCUACGACUAGACCUGUGAAGCUGGCAUGUUUAGCCUGGUAUGUGGACCAUACCAUAUGCAAGGGAUUCCGCAAAUUGACCCCAGCAAUCAAUAGCCGGGCUGCUAAGAUUCGCUGCGAUGGGCAGAUGCCGUGUGCCAAUGAAGAAUGUCGAUAUCAACCAAGUCGACGAGGUGGUCCCCGACGAGGACCCGUCGCUGCUGCAGAGCUGGCCAAGAAAAGAGCUCGCCGGUUGGCUGAAAGGUCUUGGAGUGAUAUCCGGAAUGGUGGUUCUGACUAUCCCCAUGACAGCCGUAUCAGGGAGCCUAAUCUCCUGCAAUUGGAUUUCUUAUCGCCAACAGAGUCAUUACAACAGCUGCGCAGCAAUUCCCUCGAAAAUAACUGCACAGAAAUCUCAUCCCCACUCCACGGUCUCGGAGAUGCGGUGGAGAAUGUCCUGGGAUCUAUGGCGGUACCCAAGUGGAGUAUCAGAGCCUAUCAAUGUGAUCAAGAUCUUAUCAACGCAUACUACAUUUACAUACACCCUUACCUUCCCUUUCUGCCCCCUCCGGCGGUGCCUCAGUAUGAGGAUAAGUGUGUGGCAGUUGCCAUCCGGUCUACUUUCGUGGCUCCCACGGAGAUGCCGUACUGGCCUGUCUCGCCGCUUGCACUUGCUCUGGCAGGAAUAUUAGUUCUGCUGCCUGUACCUGGGGAGUCGCAUCCACCAGAGCAUGAGACAAUUGCACUACGACGUUCCUAUGCUGAUUUAUUUGCACGCUCCGCGUUGGAGCUUCUGGAGGAUUCAAUCGAAUCAUCCUCUGAGGGUGAUAUGGCCAAAACCUUGCGAAGCUCUUUGCAUCCUGCGGUGCCCAGAAAGCUAGAAGCGGUCUACGCAUUGGGGAUCCUCAGCUUAUAUGAAUGUUGUCAGAAGGGGAACAUCUCGAGGAUGCGCAUUCGGGCUAACCAGGCUUUGACUGUUGCUAUGGACAUGUCACUGCACAAGGGUACUGCCCAUGACAAUUGCUCAGAUGCGCAACGCCGGUGUUGGUGGGCGACGAUACUCCUGGUUUAUCAGUCAUCCAUUAUGAUUGGCUCGGUUGGUCUAAUGCCCCAGUUGUUACCAUUGAUGACCAUCGAAUCACAACAGCAUUUCCCGAGUUCCGGGGAUGUCGUGAGCUGCGAGGUCGGACGCCUGCUCAUCACAGAGGGUGACCAUCCAAACCUAUCAUAUUCCAUUCGCGAUGAAAUCCAGAGCCUGGACUCCCUCAUCCUCAAACUCGCAGCCGAAGUCGACCGGUUCCGCUGCGUGACCAAUUAUGAAGGGCCCGAAGCAGACGCCUCGCGCAAUUUAUGGGCCAUAUCCAACGCUCUAAUUCAAACAGCCAGACUCAUACUUCACCGAGUCCGCGCCUUUCCAGAUUGUACGAUCCUGACUAACGACUACUACGACUACCUCGCGAUCGGCAUCAACCAGGCCUCUCAUGGGGCAGCACACGAUUUUCACCUCUCUACCGGACGAAUCGCUGAAAUAAACGCCCUCUUCCCUUUCACUGAACAAGAAUCAGUCCACAUCUGCCUGCAUUCCGCCCUCGCAAUUUCCCGGAUUUUCCGCCGUCUUCCUGUCCCAAGCGCUAGUCGGUACACCGACACUGCUGAGGCCGAAGCCCCUAUUCCUUGGCUGUCAUGGCAACCUUUGGCCUCUCCACGCUCAGUACCUUACCUAGCUUGCUGUCAGCUCCAAAGCUUUGGUAUAUUGGCAGUCGUGCUGUGCCGCGUGCGAAUGGCUACACGCUCUGGUAAUUUGGCUAGCUACUCAUAUUUACUUGACCGACCUGGUAGUUGUUCGACUCGGGUGCAAGACGCGGAGCGCUUGAUAGAGGAGCUACAGUCGGGGAUGGAGGCUCUGGGGCGCUCUAUUCAAGCGGAUACGGUCUUUGAGGGAAUUAUAGGAGUAGCUAAAGAAGUGAAGAGGAUUUGGAAACGCACUGUCAUGGACUGA